CGUUGUUGACCGCGAGUCAUGUGAUGCUAAAAUGGCGACGCAGCAGUAACUGUCUCCGGGUUUUGGCGUCCAAGGAGCCCUGACGGUUUCUGUCUUCGGGCCGUGAUGGUGGCAAAGCGUUGCUGACCCCUGCACCCACGUUAGGCACUCACCCAGGUCUGGGAAGUGGAAGUGGGCUCCAGCGAGUAGCAGUGAUUUCGCUGCAGGUGCUUUGAGCCGGCGGUGCUUGCCGGGGAAAGAAGAAGAGCGACCAUCCUCCGCCGUCUUCUGGGUCUGUACCUUUGCAGUUCAUAGGCUUCUGCUGGUUCCGGAGGAGCUGUACCUCUGAGCGAGCUUGGAGAGUUUGAGUUCUGCAGUGUGAGAGGCAGCGUAGGAUCCCUGGAUCCGCAAAAAAGGCCUCAAGGAGUUCACUUCCUCCUUUAGUGGCCUGGCUUUGCAGCAUCGAUUGACCCUGUGUUCUUUCCCAUUUCCUCUCAAUGUUCUCUUUAUAUAUCAGGAAAUAUGAUCAGCGCCCCUGAUGUGGUAGCCUUCACUAAAGAAGAUGAGUAUGAGGAAGAGCCUUACAAUGAACCAUCCCUGCCUGAGGAGUACUCGGUGCCGCUCUUCCCCUUUGCCAACCAGGGAGCCAACCCGUGGUCUAAGCUCUCCGGGGCCAAGUUUUCAAGGGACUUCAUCCUUAUUUCUGAGUUCUCUGAGCAGGUGGGACCCCAACCCUUGCUGACCAUCCCUAAUGACACCAAAGUUUUUGGCACUUUUGAUCUCAAUUACUUCUCUCUGCGGAUCAUGUCUGUGGAUUACCAGGCUUCCUUUGUGGGCCAUCCUCCUGGUUCUGCAUACCCUAAGCUGAACUUUGUGGAGGACUCCAAGGUAGUGCUGGGAGACUCCAAGGAAGGGGCCUUUGCAUAUGUGCAUCACCUCACCCUGUAUGAUCUAGAAGCUCGAGGCUUUGUGCGGCCCUUCUGCAUGGCAUAUAUCUCAGCAGACCAGCAUAAAAUCAUGCAGCAGUUCCAGGAGCUUUCAGCUGAAUUUUCUAAAGCCUCUGAGUGUUUGAAAUCAGGAAACAGGAAGGCAUUUGCUGGGGAACUUGAAAAAAAGCUGAAAGACUUGGAUUAUACUAGGACAGUUCUGCACACAGAAACGGAGAUCCAGAAGAAGGCCAACGACAAAGGUUUUUACUCAUCUCAGGCAAUUGAGAAGGCUAAUGAACUGGCCAGUGUGGAGAAGUCCAUCAUUGAACAUCAAGACCUGCUGAAGCAGAUCCGAUCAUACCCUCAUAGGAAGGUAAGGGGGUUUGAUUUGUGUCCUGGUGAAAUGGAGCAUACCCAGGAUCAGGCUGACCAUACAUCCACUACCUCUAAUCCAGAUGAGUCGGCUGACUCAGACAUUUAUACCUGCAGACCAGCGUACACCCCAAAACUCAUCAAAGCAAAGUCUACUAAGUGUUUUGACAAGAAGUUGAAGACCUUGGAGGAGCUCUGUGAUACUGAGUAUUUCACCCAGACCCUGGCCCAUCUCAGCCACAUCGAGCACAUGUUUAGAGGUGAUCUGUGCUACCUCCUGACAAGUCAGAUUGACCGAGCACUUCUAAAACAACAACACAUAACAAACUUCCUCUUCGAAGACUUUAUAGAGGUUGAUGAUAGGAUAGUAGAGAAACAAGAGAGUGUGCCCUCUCAGACCAGUGAAGACAGGCCACCUUCCAGGUCUCUGGAAGAAUGCCCAAUUCCUAAAGUGUUAAUUAGUGUUGGAUCCUACAAGUCCAGUGUGGAGUCUGUGUUGAUCAAGAUGGAUCAGGAAGUUGGAAAUGAGGAGUACAAAGAAGUAGAAGUAACAGAAUCAAGCAGUUUUGACCCCCAGGAAAAUCUGGAUUACCUGGAUAUGGACAUGAAAGGGAGUAUCAGCAGUGGUGAAAGCAUUGAAGUAUUGGGCACAGAGAAAUCCACUUCUGUGCUGUCGAAGUCUGACAGCCAGGCUAGCCUCACUGUGCCAUUGAGCCCCCAGGUGGUCCGAAGCAAAGCAGUCAGCCAUAGGACCAUCAGUGAGGACAGUAUUGAAGUCCUGAGCACCUGUCCUUCUGAGGCCCUCAUCCCUGAUGACUUUAAGGCCAGCUACCCAAGUGCUAUUAAUGAAGAAGAAUCAUAUGCAGAUAAUGAGGGGGGCAUCCACUUCAAAGCAAACAUCAGUCCACUGGAAUUGGGUGAGGCCCAGGAGGGUGGCUUGGAAAACACUCCACCCCAGCUAGAUUCCUCCUGCUGUAUUGGAAAAGAGAACAAUGGUCAGCUGGUGCCGCUCCCCACUCCUGCCCACACUCUCUCUGAUGAGGAUGGUGUGGUGAGCAUUCCUCCACAGCGCUACAAGCAGAAAGACCAGGACUUCCAUGUGGACUUUGCAGCGGAAAACACCAAUCCUUCCCGAGACAACAGUUGUGAGGCAUUCCCAGCUUAUGAGUUGGAUCCAAGCCACCUAUUGGCUAGCCGGGAUGUCAGCAAGACUAGCCUGGAUAAUUACUCUGACACUGUCAGUUAUGUGAGCAGUGUGGCCUCCACCAGCUUGGACAGGACCCCCUCCUCUGCUCACUCUGUCAACCUGUCUUCUGAGAGGCAUAAAAAGAGGGCCGGCCAGAAUGCCUUAAGAUUCAUCCGCCAGUACCCCUUUGCCCACCCGGCCAUCUACUCCCUGCUCAGUGGGAGGACCCUUGUGGUUCUAGGAGAAGAUGAGACCGUAGUCAGGAAGCUUGUGACAGCACUGUCCAUCUUUGUUCCCAACUAUGGCUGCUGUUCCAAACCUGUGAAGCACUGGGUCUCUUCGCCUUUGCACAUAAUGGAUUUUCAGAAGUGGAAGCUUAUUGGCCUGCGAAGAGUGACUUCCCCCGGCAGUGCAGGCACUCUUCAUACCUUGAGCCGCUACAGCCGCUACACAAGCAUCUUGGACCUGGACAACAAAACCCUGCGCUGUCCUCUGUACAGGGGCACACUGGUGCCCCGCCUAGCAGACCACCGCACUCAGAUCAAGCGGGGUGGCACCUAUUACCUGCACGUGCAGAGCAUGCUCACCCAGCUCUGCUCCAAGGCCUUCCUCUACACUUUCUGCCACCACCUGCACCUGCCUGCCCACGACAGGGAGACGGAGGACGUAGUGGCUAGCCGCCAGCUGAGCUUUCUAAAGCUGAACCUGGGCCUAGUGAAUGAGGACAUCAGGGUGGUCCAGUACCUGGCUGAGCUGCUGAAGCUGCACUACAUGCAGGAAUCUCCUGGGACCAGCAACCCCAUGCUAAGGUUUGACUAUGUACCCAGCUUUUUGUACAAAAUCUGAGGUUGGUCCCAGUCAUUGUGACCAACACCUGUGACUCAGGGUACAGCGAGGGGAGGGGUUGGCAUGACCAAAAGGUUGCCUGAGCUGGGUUGUUGAGAUUUCUGGUCUCAGUAGGAAGGGAACACACAGUUGAGAGCCCAUUUUUCUAAAAGUGACCAGUGGUACAGUAAGUUUCCUUUGGCUCCCUGGUGAAAAAUGGCACCUAGAUAAGGGGGUGUCUUUGGCUUUCUGAGGACCAGCAGCCCAAGCAGGAAGAGAAAAUCUCAGUCCUUGUGCUGGGAAGAGAUAAGGUGUGGAGCAGCUCCAGCCAAAGCACAGUGGCCACAUUCAGCAUCACUAGACUUGGGUGGCCAGGGAACUAGCCAGGGAAGCAACCUGUUACCUGCUGAUUUGGAGGAAAAAGAAAUGACAUCUGUUGCCUCGUUCAGCCCCAAUAUGGCCCUUUAUUGGCCUCUUGGAGCCCAUCAUCCCAGGUGAGACUCCUCAAUGGGAUAGUGGCUAGCUGAGGAGUGGGAAACACAACUUGUAGGCUCCAGAGCUGCAGGGAACAUGAGCAGUGCCCUUUCUGUCCUCACCUCCAAAGGGAGGGAAGCACCCAGGAGUGGUUCUUCAUCACCAGGCCCAGAGUGAAACAGGAACCAGUGACCACAGCCAGUAUGGAGACUGUCCUGGGAACAGCAAGUGGAGUUAGCCAUGGGGCUGCAAGGCUGCUCCAGGAGGGAGAGAUGCUCCAGUGGCUCCAGCAUCUGCCACUGUGCAGAUGCUGAGCUGUCAGCUCUUGGGCUGCCCAUGGGCUCUUCCGAGUCAGGGAGCACUGAUUAUCCCCUGUAAGGGUCACAUGCUAGGAGUUAGCACAGGUCAUAACUUCAGUUGCCACCCACAACAAACCUUUGCAACCAUUUCACUACCUCUCAUGGGGUUUUAUGGGCUUGGUGAUUGCGGUUUUCUGUUUAGUCGGCUGGCAGGAACUGAGAUGGCAGGGACUUUCAGCUCCCAUGUGGCUCUGCCUCUGGGAGGCUAUGCUUACCAGUUCCCACAGCUCACAGCUAUCCCUAUGCAAGUCCCUUUGCAAAGACAGUACUGUCCUUAGGUAUCUCCAUCACUUUCCCCAUUGCUGGUAAGCAGUAUGGCCUCCCUAGUGUUGCAUACCAGCUGCCAUAGGUAAGUAGCUAGUCUCUCACAACUUUGAAAAAUAGCAUACUUUUUUAAAAAUGCUAUUUCUCCUCUAUAAGUAGGGCCAACUGUGGGUAUUACUGCUUCUUUUUAAUUUGUUCCAUAAAAACUGCUAAAGUAGACCUCAGUCCUGUGUGCACAUCUAUCAGGCUCUGUGUCCCUUGCACUUGGGUUCUGCUGUUAUGGCUUGGUUUCCCCUUCAGCCUGUGCACACCACUGAGACCCCUCACUAAGGGAGCCAGCUUUGCUUCUGAGACUGCAGAGACUUGGUAGAAACCAGGUGACCAAAGACAGCUUGCAACAUAUCAGUCCUUUAGUCACCUUUGUCCAGGUCCUUGGCACAAAGAUAUGGCCUGUUGGUUUCAGCCACUGGGUUAGCAGGGACCUUGUUUCUGUCAGAGUGUGACAUUUUGAUUCUGAGGCUGUGACUGAGAAUCUUUUGUACCAUGUUCCUGCCUACAUCUCAUCAGUUCUUUGUCUCUGCCCAUUAUACUUUACACAGACAGAAGUCAAAGGACACUUUGACAGCUUCUGACUGAAAUAUCUGUUGCCUGUUUCUCUUUAUGGGUUCUUUAUCUGUUACUACUUCCCUGUAGUAUUUUAGACACCACUUUACUAUCCGACGGGGUGGCGAAGUCCUGUCUCCUCAUGCCUGCACAGACAUGACCCUGCAGUAUUCUUGAAGGAAGAUCUGUAGAGUCCAGGAGAUAGGCUGGAAGUGAUUGCUGGCACCAAUGCUGUUGCCUUUCUGUGUGUCACAGCAUCACAGAAACUCAUUGCCAAUACUGUGUUUACCUGGGAAACUGACAAAGGUGGACAAUGAGCUUCGUGCGGAUACUGGACUGCAGCUACAGCCAUGCACCACAAUGGUUUUAAGUGGAAGUCCACAGGGGUGGGAUGGUGGUGGUCGUGUUCCUCAGCGCUUAGCCCCAAGCUGGCUCAGAAAUGAAGGCACACAUUGGUAAGGAGUGAACAGAACAUAGAGUGGUCCUAGAAAUGGCAGACAAGAGCCUCACCCUCAAAGUGGUUCUUCAUUAAGAUGCUUUUCCUGAUAAGGGGUUGACUCCUGAAAUUUAGAUUUUGGUUACAAACAAACUUCUCUGCAUGGCAAGUUGAAAGGAUUAUUUAAUGCAAAGCAUGCUUCCUUUCAAGAGGGAUCUUAGAACAGAGCUGGGACUGAGUCAUCACUUGGGCAGGAAAGGUUAAUACUGGAAGCUUGUAGAUGUCUCACUUUGCCAUGUAGAGACCCAUUCAGUGGAACCAUCUCUUCAAGUUUUCAUCUAUGGUAUUCCUCUAGGAUUGGCUUAAGAAAUUUCCAUCAACAUUUAAAGAUAUUUCCUAGAAAGGAGGUGACACCAGCACUCCUUAGUACUUUUUUACUCCUAUCACUGGGGCCCUGCCACUGCAACUGGCUGAGGUUGAUUUUAACUUGACCUCCAACCUAUUUUCUCUUAUUUUGUAACAGUGCAGGUGAAGAAACACCUGAUUAGGGUGGCAGUGACACUUGCAGAGACUCCAUGGACACCUCUCACAUGUGGGGCAGGAGGGGUGUGCUGGCCUCCUGUCUCAGUACUUGCCUAGGAAUCUUACUUCUUUGGUGGAAUCUUUGGAUUUUAGAAAAUGUGACUUUUCCCACAAUUUACAACAGUGGUUGAAGUUACACUCAUUGCUCCUGGGUUUAGAAAUGAAUGAUAGUGGGCCGUCAUUCCCCAUCUUGCUUUUAACCUCUGUUUCAGAUCAAUUGCCAGAUUCAGAGUACAGAUUUCAGGGCCGGGGAUUUAGUUCAAUGGUGUAAGUGCCUGCCUGGCAAGCUUACGGUCAUGAGUUUGAUCCCUGGUACCAAAAACAAACAAAAACAACAAAGUACAGAUUUCAACCCACACCAAUUCAAAAAUUCUGCUUCAAAUUCCUAUGGCCAGUAGGCUUCACCCCAAGUGCCAGAGUUGCUAUAGUUGUACCACAUGGUCCAGAGACAAAGAGCAGCAUCCACUUCUGGAUAGCUUGCAUGUACACUGCCCGUCUGCCAGUGCUAAGCACAUAUCCAUGCUCAAACCUGAGUGCUGUGGGUCAGUGCCUUGUCCUGUUGUGUUACAUUUUUGAAUGCAGGGCCAGCAGUAUCAGCUGAGCUAACAGGCAGAGGUAUUGGCAGGCAAACAAGGCCUCUGGAGGAACUAAGCCAUCCUGGCAGGCAAGUAGGCUUCCCCCAGGCUCCUUUGCCCUCUGCCUCCCUAGAAAGCUCAAGAGAAGUGCCUUGGGUUGUGCUUUGAAACAGACUAGCUAGCUUUUGGCUCUGCCCCAAAACUGUGAUCAAAAGUAACAGAAUUGGAAUUAAGACAAACAUUAACAGAUUGCAAAAAAGGGAAAAAGAUCAAAUUUUCUACUGGAUGGAAAGUGAGACCACUUCCAGGUGAUAGGGUGGGCACAGUAAGUUUUCCCCAUCUCUUCCUUUAGCCCCUAGUUUUUUUUGGUUAAUGCUCUGGGAAGGAUGUGACAGAAGUAGAUGGGGGAGUGGGGAUGAGAUGAACUUGCUCCUGCUCACUAACCUGCUCAAAUGUGACUCAACUUCUCAGGAGGGUUUGCUCAGCUCCCAACUGGAUAUUACACAUAAAGGGGUCUUGGAGAUGUUCCAUUGUCUUCAGCUGGGCAGAAUUAAGCCUCCAAAUUUAAGACUGCUGAGGCAGCGGAUCAACUCCCAAAUCAGAGGCAGAAAUAUGAGAACUGAUGUCACCCACAUCCAAUGGGGACUGCUGCAGCUAUCUCCACACUGUGAUGACCGAAACACCAACAGGAUCCCAAGCCUUGAGGUCUUAUCACCUAUAGAGCAGGAUCCCAGGGAGCCUCAGCCAGGCUGUCUGACACUGGAUAGUUGGAGCAACAGUUUGGAUUGAAAUGAAUGCCACUCUAGAGGUUGCAGUGAGAAAAAGUGUAGCCUGUGCUGAACUCAUAGGUGUUAUUUUCUAAAGCUAUUUUAUUAUUGCAUGUCUUGUGUCUGCGAAUGUUUGUCCUGACCCCAUGAGUGAGUCGUCACAGUGGCUAAAGCCAGAGUAUGACUGAUGUGUGAUAGUAUCUCACAAGUGUGACUGCACAAGAGUUUAAUCAGAGUAAAUGCCAAACUGUAUGGAGUGUACUUUUUAAGAAAUUAAUUUAUUUGAGUUUAGAUAUUUUUGAAAUAUAAAAAUUGGUUGUAUUUUUUAAAGCUAUGAUUAUUGUAGACAUUGUGGUUAAAAAUUUGAUUGUGCUUAUUAAAAAUGGUCAUGUAUGGUUUGCAUCUCAGCUAUGUGAAAAAUAAAAAUUCUCUGGGAAGGUAACAUUUGAGUUCCUGACUGCUGGAGGGAGUAAUCCUGAGAAGAGCAGAAAAGCUUGUAUUAUAGCUGUCAUGCCAUGAAGGAACUUGGCACUUUCUUAGAUGGAAUAAAAGCAUAUUUUUUUAA